AUGAAUAAUGAACCCUUCCUGCGGUACUACUUCUCACACCAAACUAAACCUCAUGGACUCACACCCAAGAUAACGCUACAGGUCUACAUCCACAGACCCAUGACACAACAAUCAGUCAUUGAUUUCCAGCUACCAAUCUUCGCGGAUAACGAAGGUCAUUUAAAUGAAACAGAGUAUAUCAAUUUCAUGUUAGAUUACCAUCAGAUACAGCCUGAAGACUCCGCAAUGCUUAUUCAUGAGAUUUCGGAAUACAUGACGAAAAUACUAACACCCAGCGUUCUCGGCACCAACUUUCAUUUUCAAAUUAAUCUAACACUCACAGACAACAACCCAGAAGCAACUGCAAGGUUUGACGUCGACUUCAUCAUAACUGACCUUGAGGGAACUACUAGACCUCCACUUAUGGGAGAACGUAACGAGACAUGCUCUGUGUGCUUUGAAAAUUUCAACAACGGCAAUUACAUAUGUGCUCUUUCGUGCGGCCAUCAAUUUCAUUUUCCGUGCAUUGGAGAAUGGCUCCGUACAAACAUUAGCUGUCUCCUAUGUAGGGAGACUAAUGUUUAG